GGGUAGCAAUCUCUCCGUGAGACAGCAGCCGGUAGAAGCGUUCGUGCCGCCGCUCCUCGCGAUGUUGUCUGCUGCCCACUUCGCCGCGAUGUUCGCGGGGCUCGGGACGGAGCGGGAGCUAGAGCUUCAUGGCAGCGCGGGCCCCGUGCAGCGCCGCUUCUCGCCCUACGCCUUCAACGGAGGAACUGUUUUGGCAAUUGCUGGAGAAGAUUUUUCCAUUGUUGCCUCUGAUACCCGACUAAGUGAAGGUUUUUCAAUUCACACUCGGGAUAGCCCCAAAUGUUAUAAACUAACAGACAAAACAGUCAUUGGAUGCAGUGGUUUUCAUGGAGACUGCCUUACACUUACUAAAAUUAUUGAAGCAAGAUUAAAGAUGUAUAAGCAUUCCAAUAAUAAGGCCAUGACUACAGGAGCAAUUGCAGCAAUGUUGUCUACAAUCCUCUAUUCAAGACGCUUCUUUCCUUACUAUGUUUAUAACAUCAUUGGUGGACUUGAUGAAGAAGGGAAAGGAGCUGUGUACAGUUUUGAUCCUGUAGGGUCUUACCAGAGAGACUCCUUCAAGGCUGGAGGAUCAGCAAGUGCUAUGCUUCAGCCUCUCCUUGACAAUCAGGUUGGUUUUAAGAAUAUGCAGAAUGUGGAGCAUGUUCCUCUGUCCUUGGAAAGGGCUAUGCAGCUAGUGAAGGAUGUCUUUAUCUCUGCAGCUGAGAGAGAUGUGUACACUGGAGACUCACUUAAGAUUUGCAUUGUCACUAAAGAUGGCAUUAAAGAGGAGACUGUUCCAUUAAGGAAGGAUUGAUUUGUACACUAUUACCCUUGAUCAUUUGAAAACAUUAUCUCAAUUUUUGCAAGGUUUAGUCUACUUGUAACAUUGUAUGACUAGUUUGUCUUAUUAAAAUGUUUUUGAAAAGUUGGAAAGUA